CACUGCCUUACCAUUUACCCCUCCUUUCCAUUCUUUGAUCCACAUCAGUUUCUGCAGAUAGUAAAUAGCUUCAUUUCUUUGCGCAGUAGCUUCAAUCGCUGUUAUCUCAAUUCGAAUAUCCGUCUCUGGGAAUUGGGUUUUACAUGAAAAAUUUAGGUAAGAACAAGUGAUUUCGAGAUCGCAUUAGUCUCGAUUGAAUAGGUACCUAAGGCAUCGUCUCUCAGAUUUGAAAACCCACCUUGCCCGUCUGCGCUGAACCAGCCUUGUCCAAUUCAGCCUCGUACCUAAACGCGUACAUAGCUAUCAUACCUAGUGUAUGUACACUAGCCUAGGUUACCUAGGUAGGUAGUUAGUUAGUCCCGGCUCCUACCUUGUCAAACCCUUGCUCAAGUCUAUACUUAUUCUAGCUAGCCUCCACGACGUGUUUGUACCGGUUCACGAUUUAGUUCGGUGCUACAGGCCCUUAUUUCCACGUCGCCAUGGCAGUUGAUCCAAGAGUUGCGGAUAUUAUCCGCGGCAAGAAGUUGCACUAUUGCCUGUGUGCUGAUACUAGCCGAUGGCACCUUUUUGAGAACGUGGCCCUGCCCGAUGCUACCUUUUCCUACUUUGAUAUGGACGGGUCCUUACUACGGGGGAGUGACGGGGUUGACUGGAGUUGGCCUACGAGGGAUGAGUUUGCAACCUACUACGAAAAGACAUUGGGCCAGUACCGGAGUAUACACUCUAUAGGCUCUUCAGCUUUCGAGCAGGUUAGCCCCGAUGAGGUGAAGGCUACGUUCGGCGUCAUUUGGCGGGUCGCAGUGAACGAAAAGCAGGGGACAGGUGGGGGGUAUUACUUCGAGACGUGGGUUCGGAAGGAUGACGACUGGUUCAUGAAGUCUUUAAGGCUUGAAAGAACCUAUUGGCAUAUAUAAGGCUUUAUCUUCGGGUAUCUAAUCGAAGCAAGGUUCUUUAACGCGCCGGAACGUCAGCUCCUGAGCGAGUAGCAGUUAUGAUUGAUUUUCGAUAAGGUUAAUAACUAGUUAAGGGAAAACGCAACUAUACCUUAGGUACUUUCUACGAUGGUUGGGCGUAUAUUUACUUACUCUUCAUCUCUAUAUUGAGUAUUUUCUAAAUGGAGUGUAUACCCGUGCCUUACCGUAGGAGUUCGUACUUAGGAGAUAGCCCUCUGACACUGUGCGUCGCUUGUUGCUCGCCAUUGUUUCUAGAGAUGUUCGUUAAGGUGGGUAAGCAUCCUAGUAAUACAGACCUGACAAGGGAGGAGGUUGCAUGCAAGCAAGGAUUUUAUGGAGGAGCAAUAUAGAAAAAAGGUCUAUUUAUUUUUAUGAUCUCGUACUGUGUAAUAAUAGCUCUUGACA